CCACCUCUCUCAUCGGAGCUCCUCUCCUCGCCUCCAAUGGCGCUGCUCUUCCCACCACCACCCCACGCGCUCUCCCCCAAACCCCCCUUCCCCUCCACUCUCCGCUCCACGAGGUCACUGCGUCUCCGCCGCGCCACCGCCGCCGCCGCCGCCGCCGGGGCCGGAGUCUCCUCCUCUUCCCCCUCGACCUCCUCGCCGGAGAAGGCCCCGGCGCUGGACGUCGCCAGCGGGAAGAGGGGUGGUAAGAAGAGGAGGUCCCUGAAGCCGAGCUUCGAGAAGCAGGCCAUCCGCCGCUGGUCCGCGAGGGCGCCGUCCCAGCGCGCCUCCUUCCCCUGGCAGCAGCAGCAGCAGCAGCAGCAGCCGGGCGGAGGUGAGGGUGAGGCCGCGGGCGAUCAGGAAUCCGGUUGGAGUGGGAGCUCCACGCUGCAGUCCAUCGUGGAUUACUUCGACUUCGACUACGAUUCCUCGGAUGGUGAUGGCGAUGGCGAUGGCGAUGGCGUCGUGGUCGGCGGCGAAGCGGCCGAGGCCCAGGAGGAUGGGCCGCGUCCCGAGCCGAGCUUCCUUCUCGGGAGCCGGCCGGUGUCAGCGCCGUGGAUGCACGGGGAAGAAGAGCCCAUGACGAACCAAUUGGUUUCUGACGAGGAAGGGUUGGAUGGGGAUGGUGCUUCCGAGGAUGAGAUGGGUUUAGUUGAUGGAGACGGAGACGAAGACGAAGAUUUGGGGAGUGAGGAGGAGACGCUAAGUGAGAGCUCAGACGGGGAAUUCUCCGAGGAUUAUGCAGCACCGGCCGCAAAUUCUUCUUCUAUGAUGGAUUCGGUACUGGACCAUGUUUCUUCAGGUGGUGGGUUUUAUAGAGGUACUAGGCGGAGUAGCGUAAAUUCAAUUGUUAACACAAUGAGGAAUUCGAUGGAGGAAAGUAGUAGAAAUGCUGCGAUUGAGUGUCCCGAGACCGAGGAUUUUGUCCAGAAGCUCGGUCCUGUGCUCCUCCCAUGGGAGAGGGAGGGGGAUGUCGAUAGGCCGAGAAAGCGCAGCAACACGGAGCUGGCUGAGAGGACUAUCCCAGAGCACGAGCUGCGGAGGCUUAGAGAUGUGGCAUUGAGGAUGAAGGAGAGGAUGAGGGUUGGUCCAGGAGGGGUCACUCAGCUCAUUGUGGAGAGCAUUCAUCAGAAAUGGAGGGUGGAAGAGGUGGUCAAGCUGAGAUUUGAAGGACCUCCAAGCCUGAACAUGAAGAGAACUCAUGAUAUACUAGAGGAGAGGACUGGAGGAAUUGUAAUAUGGAGGUCAGGGAGAUCAGUUGUUUUAUAUAGGGGAAUGAACUACAACCUUCGAUGUGUGCAGUCGUAUACACAAACUACAGAGGUUAAUUUUGAUAAAAGAGUUAGUAGUAAUAGUGUUGAACCUAUCCAUGUUGAACAUAAAUUUCAGAAGUCAGGUGCAGAUGGACUGAAUCGCUCAGCAUAUAUUGUCAAUUCCUCUGAAAAACCUACAGAGACAUUUGAUAUCGAUAGCUUCUUGGAUCAGUUGGGACCGCGGUAUAAAGAUUGGUCUGGUCGUGGCCCUAUUCCUGUGGAUGCUGACUUGCUUCCUGGUGUUGUUCCUGGUUACAAGACACCAUUUAGACUACUUCCUUACAUGGUUAAAAGUACCCUUCGGAAUAAGGAAAUGACGGCUCUGCGUAGACUUGCAAGGCAAACUGCUCCUCAUUUUGCUCUAGGGAGAAACAGGGAACACCAAGGAUUAGCUACUGCUAUCGUUAAAUUGUGGGAGAAAAGUUCUAUUGCAAAGAUUGCCAUCAAGAGGGGGGUUCCAAAUACAUGCAAUGACAGAAUGGCAGAAGAAAUCAGGAAAUUAACAGGAGGAGUGCUUCUAUCGAGGAACAAGGAGUACAUUGUCUUCUACAGGGGCAAUGAUUUCAUAACACCUAAAGUAAGGCAAGUCUUGGUGGAGAAGCAAGAGCAAGCAAUCACUUGGCAGGAUGAGGAAGAAUUGGCUCGGCUUAAAGCAUCAGCCUCGAUCAGUGUCAAACCCAAAGUAUUUAAAAAUCCCCCAGUUGCUGGCACUCUCGCGGAAACUAGAGAGGCAAAAUCUCGAUGGGGAGAUUCCAUUAAUGCUGAGCUCAGGAAAAAGGAGAAGAAUCACAUGAUUCUUACAAAACAUACCUCUCUUUUGAGGAACUUGAAGAGAAAAUUGAUUUUGGCAAAAACAAAGGUCAUAAAAGCAGAAAAGGCCUUGGCUAAAGUUCAAGAAUUUCUCUCUCCAGCAGAGCUUCCAACUGAUUUGGAAACUGUUACAGAUGAGGAACGCUUCUUACUUCGCAGAAUUGGCCUGAAAAUGAAGGCCUUUCUAAUGCUUGGAAGACGAGAAGUUUUUGAUGGAACAGUACAGAACAUGCACUUGCAUUGGAAGCAUCGAGAAUUAGUCAAGGUUCUUGUAAAGGGGAAGAGCUUUCCACAAGUAAAACAUAUUGCAAUAUCUCUGGAAGCUGAAAGUGGAGGAGUGCUCAUUUCAGUUGAUAAGACGACAAAAGGAUAUGCAAUCAUUUUGUACCGGGGUAAGAACUACAAGACGCCCCAAAUUUUGAAGCCUCGAAACCUAUUGUCAAGGAGAAAAGCAUUGGCACGGUCUAUAGAGCUCCAAAGGCGGGAGGGAUUAAAUCAUCAUAUCUCAAAUCUGCGAGACAAGAUCUGGAAGCUGAAGUCUCAACUUGUACGAAUGCAAGUUGCUGGGGAAAAACCAGAUGCGGAGUUACUUCAAACAGUUGAGGCUGAUUUGUCUAAAGAUGACGAUAAAAUAGAGGAUGAAGGAGAGGAGGCCUACCUGCAAACUUACAUCAGUGAGGAUGAAGAGGAACCUGAGGAUGAUCAGAAUGAAUAUCUCUGAAUCUUAACUGGCGAAACUUCGGUGAGUCCGGGAGAAAAGUCAGUAGUAAAGCAUUGCAUGUUCAUAUUGUGAAAUUUCUGCAGUGUUACUCAAGAGGCAGGCAGUUUUAAGAUUCAUCUAUGGAUUAUUGCCAACACAAAUUGACCUGCAACAGCAUUAGUGGCCUUUGUCCAUUGCGAGAUCAACGACAAAGGAUGUAGCUUGAGUGUGUGUGGAUUGUGGUGCAUGGUCUGCAGUUGCUGCCAUUCCUUUUUUUUUUUUUUUUUACCUUGGCUACUUCCAUAGCUCCAUCCAUGCCUGAUGCCCUGAUGGCCUUCUACAUCCUGCAGAUUUGAAAAGGUUUCUGUCAACACACGAUCAAGUUGUCUGCUGUGCAGAAGUUUGCAAAGUGGCAGUGUAUAAAUCAGGCUCGUGUGAGUUCGUUUCAUUUUGCAGAAGCUGUAAUUAUAUCAUGCCAUUUUAGAAGAAUCCUCCGGUCCACGUUAGAUUCAUAUUUACAACAUGAACAUGUGAACCUUUCGUUGAUACGGAAUUUUGAACGGUUU